AUGCACGCUUUGAAGUGUGAGGCUAGUAGCCUGACGGGUAGCGAGUUGUUGUCAGUAUUGGUCCGUCCGGAUGGCAGCCAGACGAAGUUGGACGAUUGUGUGGCACAGGUAGUUACGAUACAGGCGGGUGGUGGCGGCGAGGUGACGGCUUUGGCGUUGACGCCCAAGACAGCGUUUAAGGUGGGCUUGGAGACGGUCGGCGAGCGAACGCCGUUGACGAUGAAAACGACGAUGGUGAAGGGCGAGAACUACGACUGGUUCCAGCAGUGGGACCGGAUGAUGGUGUGGCGUCCGAAGGAGGGGCUUUUGAGUGACACACGCGCGAAGGCAAAACUGCUAGCCGCCCUGCGGCGUCAGCUGGAGCGCAGGGGACCGCGGAACAAGCCCAGGGCGGGUGGAGGCGUUGUGUCGCGAAGUCUUUGGGGAACACUUGCACGACUUGCACGCUAUCCUGAAUGGGAGUGGCGAGAUGCAGGAGCAGGUGGACGGCGUUACCGUGGCUGUGAUGCGCCCUGUGGACCCCUCGGAGUUGGCGGAGCUCAUGGCGCGGGUUCCCAAGGAGUGGCAGCCGGUGUUGCAAGAGUCGGCAGGGUGGAAGACUGCGCACUGGAACGACGGCGGGGGCCUGGAGGUCACACAGGCGAAGCCCAUACACGAAACGAAGAGCCGCCCGUGCAAGGCCGCGUGCGUUCUGGGGGUAGGGGCGGCCGUCCAGAACCAGCUCCGACAACUCUAUGCAGGACGCAGUUUUGA